AUGUCACCUGUAAAAGGUAGUACAAGUACAACAAAAAAAACAACAACUACUACAACAAAAUCAUCUUCAUCAAGUGGAACAUUAAAGAAAGGCAAAAAGAAAAUAGCCGCUGCACCAUUUAAGGCUAAAACUGAAACAAAAAAACUUGUUAAUCCACUUUUUGAAAAACGACCAAAGAAUUUUGGUAUUGGACAAGAUAUUCAACCUAAACGUGAUUUAACACGUUUUGUUAAAUGGCCACAAUACAUUCGUGUUCAACGUCAACGUAGUAUUUUACUUAAACGUUUGAAAGUUCCACCACCAAUUAAUCAAUUUACACAAACACUUGAUAAACAAACAUCAACACAAUUAUUUAAAUUACUUGAAAAAUAUCGUCCAGAAACGAAAAAAGAAAAAAAACUUCGUUUAAAAUUACGUGCUGAAGAACAAGCCAAAACCGGUAAACCAGAUCGACCAACAAAACGACCUAGUGGUCUUCGUAGUGGAAUGAAUGCAGUUACUACAUUAGUUGAAAAAAAGAAAGCACAAUUGGUUAUCAUUGCUCAUGAUGUUGAACCCAUUGAACUUGUUUUACAUUUACCAACAUUAUGUCGUAAAAUGGGUGUUCCAUAUUGUAUUGUUAAAGGCAAAGCACGUCUUGGUCGUCUUGUUCAUUUAAAAACUUGUUCAUCAUUAGCUUUAACUGAUGUUAAUGCUGAAGAUAAAUCUGGUUUAGGGAAAUUAGUUGAAGCCAUUAAAACUAAUUUUAAUGAACGUUAUGAUGAAAUACGUCGUCAUUGGGGUGGUGGUGUUUUGGGUAAUAAAUCUCAAGCACGUAUUAAUCGACUUGAACGUCUUAAAGCACGAGAAGCAGCACAUCAACGAAAUGCUUAA